CCUGCAAAUAAUAAUCAUUGUUAAACAUGGACGAUUUUUAGAUUCUCAAUGAAACGCAAGCUUCGGGUUCGCGUUCGAGGCGGACCAGUACCACGAAUAUGGUGUUCGUAGACGCGACUCCCUUCGAGGAAUCAAGAGCACAUCCGCAAGACACUGAAAUCAUCGAGAUCCACGAGUUCCCGACGCCGAGGGAGUCGUCGGUGUACGCGAUGAACAAGAAGAGGCGUGGGAGAUGCGUGAUAUUCCAUCACCAAGAGUUCAACGAAGGGAACGGCGACUACAGAGAGGGUUCUCAGUACGACGUGGAAAAAAUAUACAAGGCUUUCGAGAAGGAACUACGUUUCGAGAUAACCGUUUACGAAAACUUGAAAUUCUUCGACCUCUGCGAAAAGAUAAAAGAACUGUCCAAGGAGGAGGACCACAGCGACGCAGAUUGCAUCUGCAUCUUCAUAUUGUCUCACGGAGGUUUCAACGGAACGAUACACGCAAGGGACGUGUCCUACCCUUUCUCCGUUAUCUGGAAACCGUUUCUAGAAUGCAGAACUUUAGUAGGCAAGCCGAAACUAUUUUUCGUACAGGCUUGCAGAGGACGGACCACAGAUCAAGGGAACAUGGGGAGGCACGCGACCGAUUCGACCGACGCUAUGUACACGAUUCCUACUCACGCGGAUUUCCUAUUCGGCUACAGCACGGUCGAUGAUCAUUACGCUUUUCGGGAUCUGAAGGCGGGCACGUGGUACAUCGACAGCCUGUGCCGAGUGAUCAGGACGCACUGGAGAGAGUACGAUCUCACGAAAAUGNCUCCCUUAAAAUUCCAUUCAUUCUUCCCCCUUCAAGUACCUAAAAAAUCGUCUUACCUUUUCAGAAAACAAUUAAAAAACAAGCAGAACGAAGUCAUUUAA